UUUUGUAUAUAGAAAGUCAACUUCUUCUACAUAAAAUGCACAAGCAAGUGAUGAAUAUUUUAACUCCGUCCCUCUUUUGUUUCUCUUGAGGAAGCUCAUUCUGUCUCCAUCUCUUGCUACCUAGCCAUGUGUGACUUCUUCUGGCCAAGGAUGGAGGGCUAUCGGGGGGACCUCACCGACAUCGUCAUAUCGGGUAGCCGAAGCCAUGGGGAGCUUCAACCGGUGGCCACUGAUGACCCAAUAUCCUUCCCUUCGUCAAGAAGCCCUAACAACAACAACAACAACUUUGGUGGUGGCGAUGAGCUUAACUUUGCCAUGGUUAGGCCUUGUGAUGACUUGCUGAGGGUUCUACAGAUCUCCCCCGGAGGCAGUGACCUACCCGGGGUCCCGAGGCCGUCUCUGCCUGUGCUCGGCGGCGUUGAGAUGGAGAUCUCUUCCACCAACACUCAAGGGAUCAAAAGAAGGAAAGGUCAAUCCAAGAGAGUGGUUUGUAUUCCGGCGCCAGUCGUGCCCGCGGCGGCGACUGGGCGAACCAGCGGUGAGGUUGUUCCUUGUGAUCUGUGGGCUUGGAGGAAGUAUGGGCAGAAACCUAUCAAGGGCUCUCCUUAUCCAAGGGGAUACUACAAAUGUAGCAGCUCCAAAGGAUGCUCGGCGAGGAAGCAAGUGGAGCGUAGCCGAACCAAUCCCAACAUGUUGGUCAUUACCUACACCUCUGAGCACAACCACCCGUGGCCAACUCAACGCAACGCCCUCGCGGGCUUGACCCGGUGCCACCCUCCGAAAAACCCUAAAUCACCCCCACUAUGGAAGGAAGAACCGACCGAACGAGUAAAGGAUGGAUCACUACUCCGCGUCCAAGAAACCGAAGAGGAAGAUGAUUUAGACCUAAUAACCAUGAUGAGUCAAAACUUCGCCACAGAUGGAAAUUCAGAGGAAGAGGAGGAGAAGGAAAAGAGCGGGGUCGAGGGCUUAAUGGGCAUGUUCAACUGGGCAAGAAGCACCUGAGCUAAACAAGAUAGUCAAUAAGAUGUGUGUAGAACCAUAUCAAUAAUGAGUUUAACUUGAUGUAGCUAACUAUGUGGUAGAUUUAUAGAAUUAAUUAACUCAAGUA